AUGACUACCCUUCGAGGUCCUGAAACAAUAAAGGAACUGGUCACGAAUUGGGUUCCACUCACUACUGCUGGACCUCCGUUAAUUGUCUGCUCUUCCUCGCUGUACUUCGUACCAGGACAGUCUUCUCUGAUUCUGGCUUUCGACCCCUAUUAUGGGAAGUUUAUUGAUAGGAACGUUCGCUGUCUCGCCACGGAAGUGAGUCUAUGGUGGGACCAGUAUAGUACUAGUAAGAUACACCAGAAAUCAUAGCGAGUGCCUCUACAGUGAAAAUUUCGGGGCUCAUGACAUCUAGGUAAACUUGUUAUCAAUUUGGGACCAUUUUCAUGCCCUGGCGGUUAUUCAACGGCUGCUAUCAGUCGAAUAAACGACUACACUUCAUAUGCAGGCUGUUGUCCAUUGUAAGUUAAUUUUGAAAUUCGUCUUCCACUUCGAGGUAGUAUGAUUCCAACUGACACAAGUAAAAGAGAAUAUGACUUUGCAGGCACGCUUUUACCGGCCGCUUCGCCCGGCCAAUGCUACUCCACUUUGAGCUCUGGACAAACUUUCGUGGCGAAGAAAACCUUUUCAGGAAACAUUGGCUCAUGGGUAGAUACGUCUGUACAAGUGAACACAGUUGGAGUGCGAGUAAUUGCAGCUCAUGUCAACGGUUUUAUGUUUCGUGCAGAAUCUUCAAACCUCCCUGCAUCAACACCAGCGUCUGCAACCCAGACUGGAACCAACCCAACGAGAGUCCCGAGUAUACCUUCAAAUACACGAGUGAGUAGCAUCUUAGUAGAUGGGCCUACUAAUGUUCCUACACCCAGCAUCACUCCAGAAUCUGGGAGCCUUAGCAGCAGUGCAAGAAUUGGAAUUGGUGUAG